GCCACCACCUGAACACUUUAUUUCCUGUCGCAGAAGCCGUAUGUGUGUAUGCUUUCGUUCGUUUUUGGUGUCGCAGGAUCGGCUCGUUUAUUUUUUCUGCUACUCGGUGAGGACGUAAAGGCACCACCUCCUUGCUCUCCCGUCGGCCACAUUGCAGCUUCCAACACUAACGCAUGGUUGCUGAGCUGAAUGUCCAGGUCAUCUCCGUCCGAUUUACUCACCCACGUUCCUUCGACCGAAAUACCCUGUUUUAGAUGAUAUUUCUCGCCUCUUUCGGUUACUGAGAUCAAUUGGCGAUGCAUGCGAUAGGGUAGUAAAUUGCCAGCAACCAUGGCAUCCAGCAAUCAGGGCCAUGUCUCUGGCCCAGACUCCUCGACGCAGCAGCCGAUUCCCCUGCAAGAUCUAGGCAGAGACCAUGAUUUGGACGAUGAUGGUGAACGUCGCGGACGAAGGCGAAGCAGCAGCGCCGGUUCAACGGGCAGGGCCCGCGCUCAUGUUCCCAGACGAUCGUUACUCUCUGGCGGGACCAUCAACACUUAUGAGCGCAUCGCAGAAGACUCGCCCAGUCCGAUAGACAGGGUCGGCCUUCAUGUCACGCAGCCAUCUACAGCAAGGAUUAGGGAACACAAUCCAUAUACGUCGGAAGAUCAUUAUUUUGUCGAUGAUCCCGGCGGAUUUGCUCAAGCCACCGGCUCGAUGGCCUUGGAUUUCCAGUCACCGUUCGCUGGUCGCCCACCCUCUGGCUCGUCUUCUUUCGCUCACGAUGGGGAGGAAUAUAUGAUGGGCGCCUAUCCUGGGCCAUCCGGACAACACGAGAGAUCGCAUUCGGAGGACCUGCUCUCGCCAACAAUUCCGAAUAGCGACACUGCGCAUUUGACCGAUCAGCGAUAUCUCCAGCCUAUUAGUGGUGCCUCGAAUACUGUUGAGCCAGAGGAACGGACAAGCAUGCAGAGCAUUCGAUUGGGCGGUGGUCAGUACGGGUCGCGGUUGGGCGAUGACCUCAAUUUGGAGAGUGGCAUUGGAGGAAGAAGAGGCAGCAACAGCGCAGGAGAAAGUCGUUCCCGCUCGAUAUCCCCAUCUGCGUCUGGAUCGGCUUUGCAGAGGGCAGGCUCUGUUAUGAAGAUGAUGUCCCAGCGAGUCGUCAAUUUGAGUAACGAACCAGUUGAAAACGCAAUACUACGGAAAGAAUCAACAAAGCAAGCGCGACUUGAUGGACCACCAGACUUACCUGAAGUGCACGGUUAUGCUGACCCAAUAUAUGAUCGAGUCACCGAAAAACGUACGGCAAAGACGGCAUGGAGGACACAAGCCAAUCCGUUUAGGGGCAAAUCCUUGGGAGUAUUCAGUCCUGAUAAUCCACUAAGGAUGCGUCUUUGUGAUGUCUUGGUGCAUCCUCUCACAGAACCGUUCAUCCUUAUAGUCAUUGUGAUACACGCUAUUCUAUUAACCGUAGAGGCCUCGUCUUCGGUUUGGGAUAAUGCGAGAUAUCAUCGGUGGAGCACGCGGCCCAUGGAUUUCGCUUUAUUCAUAAUUUUUAUCAUCUACACCAUUGAAUUAGUUGUAAGGACUAUUGUGUCGGGGUUUGUCUGGAAUGCUGCCGAGUAUAGCACACUGGAUAGAUCUCUAGGACUCAGAAAAGCGCUGGCAGAAAAGGGGAAAAAUUUGUUUUCUCUACAUCGUGAACCAUCGACAAAAAAGAAAUCUGUGCGCUUAGAACCAGAGGUCUCAUUAUUCCGAAGAACUUUCACUGGAACCUUCUCAGGAUUGCAACAACUAGCUGACAUUGCAGACGACCCACGCCAGAGGUCGCGCAAACGGCUCGCUCAUCGAGCCUUUCUCAGACACUCCUUCAAUCGACUAGACUUCUUGGCUGUGGUUUCGUACUGGAUUUCAUUUAUCUUACAGCUAGUCGACUACCAAUACAGUCAUCACAUAUACAUAUUUCAGAUGUUGAGUUGUCUGCGAUUAUUGCGACUCCUUGGCAUAACCAACGGCACGUCGAUUAUUCUUCGAAGUUUGAAAAAGGCCGCGCCGCUUCUCGUCCACGUUGGGUUUCUUAUUGGCUUCUUUUGGUUGCUCUUCGCCAUCAUAGGAAUCCAAACUUUUAAGUCCAGUUUGCGUCGAUCGUGCGUUUGGAUUGACCCCCAAGGCCAAAAUAAUUUUACGAUGAAUGAUCCCUAUAACGCGCUUCAAUUUUGUGGUGGCUAUCUCGAUAGUGUAACUGGAGACCCUACCUCAUGGGUUUACGCAGAUGGUGUAUCUUCGGAUUUUAGUCCCAAAGGAUAUCUUUGUCCACAAGGGUCUAUGUGUGUUGAGGGAACUAACCCCUACAAUGGCACGGUAGCUUUUGACAAUAUUUUGAUGGCAUUGGAACUGGUCUUUGUCAUCAUGAGUUCCAACACAUUUACUGAUCUCUUAAACUAUACGACCGACUCCGACUAUCUCGCUUCUGCGUUGUUUUUUGCCGUCGGACUUGUCAUCAUGAGCUUGUGGAUGGUUAACUUGUUGGUUGCUGUCAUCACAUCGUCUUUCCAAAUUAUUCGAGAAGAAAGCAACAGAAGCGCAUUUGCAUCGGAGAAGCCCGAAGGUGUCGACCAGCACGAGUCUAAGCAUCGCCGUGUCACCAGUCUCAAGCAUAUUUUUGAUAAAACGAGAUGGCUAUGGAUAGUGAUUAUCGCAUACGGCCUCAUAAUACAGUGUCUACGAAGUUCAAGUAUGGAUCCAUCCCGUGCACGAUUCAUUAAUGGCACGGAAACUGCCGUUACCCUGACUCUCCUGCUGGAAAUUAUUCUUAGAUUCAUUACGGACUGGAGAGGAUUUCACAAAAGCCGUCGCAAUUGGGUCGAUCUUGCCCUUGCAGUGACCACAUCUAUUAUACAAAUCCCAUCUAUACACGACUCUGGCCAAGUAUACGCAGGUCUUACAAUCUUUCAGAUCCUGCGAGUUUAUCGUAUCGUCUUGGCAUUUUCUCUUACAAGAGACCUCAUUCUGAUUGUUUCCCGAAAUAUCAUUGGCUUAGCGAACUUGAUUCUUUUUGUGUUCUUGAUGACCUUCCUCGCUGCCAUUUUUGCAUCGCAGCUAUUUCGGGGAUUAUCCCAGAACAGGAUCCUGAUGAUAUACAACUCCUUUCUUGGUAUGUAUCAGAUUCUAUCUAGCGAGAAUUGGACGACCAUUCUCUACAAUUCAACAACAUUCACAACAGGAGAUGACACUGCUUGGAUCUCGGCCUUGUUCUUCAUAAUGUGGUUUGUCCUCGCAAAUUUCAUCAUCCUGAACAUGUUUAUUGCUGUAAUUCAAGAGAGUUUUGAUGUCUCAGAGGAUCAAAAGCGGUUGUAUCAGGUCAAGGCCUUUCUUCAGCAGAAAGAACUCGGUUCAUCUUCUGCUAGUAACAUUGCUUUGACAUCUAUCUUCAAAUUCAGCCGUGACAAGGCGAGAUACCGUGACCCCCUUGAUUAUGGACCGGCUACAAUGGAAAUGCUACUGAAAGACGCUGUGGUCAAGGAGUUCCUCGAUGAGCAAUUUGAUAUAAAUGACAAUGAUGAUCACAACCAUGCACCUGUGGAAAGGGAUGACAUUGAGCCGGGACUCAUGUCGACACUAUGGUCAAAAUUCUCUAAGACCUUCCUGAAUCAAGAGCCUAAUCCAUUCUAUGCUAAGCUGAAAUUUUCCAAAGCGUACGAUGAGAUUGAUCCUCGGACUUUGGCAAAAGAGGUUGUCAUGGCGGCGGAGCAGCGGAAGGUAGCGCAAAGAGAGUAUCUUCAACGUCAUCCUCGAUAUAAUAAGUCACUAUACAUAUUUUCACCAACCAAUCCUAUCCGCAAAGCCUGUCAACGAUUAGUCGGUCCAGGACGAGGCAGCUAUCGAUUCGAGGGUGUGGAUCCUUACAAGCCACUAUGGUACUCAUUUUCUGUAUUCAUUUAUGCAUGCAUUGUGGCAAUGGUUAUACUGGCGUGUAUAACUACGCCUCUCUAUCAAAGAGACUUUUUCCAGGGCCGUGAGUACUCAACUUCCAAUUGGUUUGUUUGGUCAGACAUGUGCUUUGCGGCAGUCUUUACUAUCGAGGCUAUCAUCAAAGUAAUUGCUGAUGGGUUCUUCUGGACCCCAAAUGCGUAUUUCCGAAGCUCCUGGGGUUUCAUCGAUGGUGUUGUGCUCGUGACACUUUGGGUCAACAUCAUUACCUCCAUGUUCACCGCUGGUAGUGUUUCAAGGAUCGUUGGAGCCUUUAAGGCUUUGCGUGCUCUAAGAUUGCUCAAUGUUAGUGACAGCGCAAGGAACACAUUUCACUCUGUCAUCAUCGUUGGAGGCUGGAAGGUUAUUUCGGCUGCUUUUGUUUCGCUCAGUUUCCUCAUCCCGUUUGCUAUCUAUGGACUGAACUUGUUCAAUGGGCAAAUGGUGUCAUGUAACGACAAGUCGAUAUCCGGUAGCCUCAAUAGCUGUGUCGGAGAAUUCAACAACUCGCCAUACGCGUGGAAUGUCCUGGCACCCAGAGUUGCGGCCAACUCCUACUUCAACUUCGACAACUUUGGGGAGUCCCUGUUCAUUCUUUUCCAGAUUGUAUCUCAGGAAGGCUGGAUUGAUGUACAACAAAGCUCAAUGAGUAUCACAGGACGCGGCCAACAGCCUCAGAAUUUCGCUUCGCAGGCCAAUGGGCUAUUCUUCGUUGCUUUCAACUUGCUUGGAGCGGUCUUUGUGUUGACUCUGUUCGUGACCGUCUUUAUGCGAAAUUACACGGAACAGACGGGUGUUGCUUUCCUGACAGCGGAACAACGUUCAUGGCUCGAAUUGCGUAAGCUACUCCGACAAAUUUCACCUUCUAAACGAUCCAUCAACGCCAACACGCCAAACUGGCGAAGGAAAUGUUAUCGACUUGCCUCUCGCAAAAAUGGAAGAUGGUCACGGUGUAUGACUACAUUACUUGUUUUACAUUUGUUGCUCCUGUGUAUGGAAUGGUACCCGUAUCCCGUGAUCUGGGAGUUUACAAGAGAUGGGUUGUUCUUUCUUUUGACAAUUUUUUACCUCUCAGACCUCUUUAUACGUAUAUUCGGACUCGGAUGGCCGCGCUUCCGACGAAGCUCAUGGAAUCUUUAUUCGCUACUCGCAGUUCCUGGAACUUUCGUGACCGUCAUCUUGUCGUUUAUUUUCAACCAAUAUCAGCUUUUCCAACAAUUAAACAAAUUGUUUUUGGUGUCUAUAACAUUGCUGAUCAUUCCGCGCAACAACCAAUUGGAUCAGCUCUUCAAAACGGCAGCAGCUAGUCUUGGGUCAAUCGUCAAUCUUUUGGCAACUUGGUUUGUUUUGUUCCUUGUGUUUGCCAUCGCCACGACUCAAACAUUUGGCCUCACAAAGAUUGGAAAGAACGGAAAACCCAACUUGAACUUCCGCGACGUUCCCAAAGCUUUGAUCUUCCUUUUCCGUACAAGUAACGGAGAAGGCUGGAACCAAUUGAUGGAAGACUAUGCUACGAUGGUACCUCCGUAUUGUACAAUCACCGACGAAUUCUUCAGCACAGACUGUGGUAGCGCUGGAUGGGCGCGUGGUCUUUUCAUUGCUUGGAACAUCAUCAGCAUGUAUAUUUUCGUAUCUCUGUUCGUGUCGCUUAUCUUUGAGAGUUUCUCCUACGUGUACCAGCGAAGCAGUGGACUCGGUCUUUACACCAUUGAUCGAGACGAAAUUCGACGUUUCAAGGAAGCGUGGGCCAAUUUCGAUCCUAAUGGCACAGGAUUCAUAACGAAGGAACAGUUUCCAAGGCUUCUAGGGGAACUCUCCGGUCUAUUUGAAAUGCGAAUUUACGACGGUGAAUUUACAGUCGGGAGAAUUCUGGAGCAAUGCCGCUCUGGCCCACGAGACUCUGUUGUUUCAUUUCAGCCUGAGAGGCAGAGCAAUAAUGAAGUCGACAUUGCUAAGCUGUCUCAAAUUCUGAAUAGGAUCCCUGUCCAGGAAAUCCGUGCUAGGCGACAGCGACUAAACAUUUUCUACGAAGAAGUCCUAGUAUCGGCAGACUCGGAACGCGGGAUUGCAUUUUCAGCAUGUCUUAUGAUCCUCGCUCAUUACAAGGUGAUCGUGGACAGCAAGAGUCUGCGACUGGAAGAAUUCCUUCGUCGACGCACCCGGCUGCAACGAGUCGAAGAAGCUGUUCGACGAAACACAGUCAUCAGCUUCUUUGACACACUCUACUGGUCUCGCAAGUUCCGGCGACGAUUAGAACAGCGCAAAACGGCAAAUCUGACAGAGAUCCCUCAAUUCUCGAUUCCAGAGAUCUUUAUUGACGGGCAGAACACGGGCGAUGCGCAGGAAGAGGAGAGCAGUAUACACAAGGAGCCCUCGGCUACAAGCACGCCUAUGGCAUCGCCGGAUGUAUCAAUAACAUCGAUUUCAUCUAAUACUCGACCGUCAUUGCAAAUCGACACGAGCGGGUCCAGACGAGGGUCGGCAACGGAAUGGUCCCUAGUUGCUCCUUCAUUAUCGCCACGGCAGACUAGGGAUACCGAUGAUGAUAUCCACAACACCAGUCUACCACUGUCCCAGCCGUCAUCACCUAGGGGUCAUACCCGGGACAACAGUGGCAUUAUCGUGCAAGAUAUGAUGCAAUCACUGGGUGAUUCCGCAUGGGGCGAAAGUAUUCGGCGAAGCUUUACCCAGCGACGUUCCGGUGGUCACGAGUAA